AGACCGGGAGCGGAAGAAGCUCCGGGACCUGGUCCCGCAAGUUUUCCGGGACCCCCGGAGUGAGUGAAGGACCCCGCUCCAGGGGCCCGAAAAACUCUCUUGGGGGCCCCUGUGGAGCCCGGAGCAAAUUGCCCCUCUUGCCCCCCCGCCCCCCGGCGGCCCUGCUCCUUAGACACACAGUUCUGCAAGCUCAUCAGGACAGGGGGAUGGAUUCUGAUGUCGAUCUGAAACCCAAGUGACCCUCCCCACCAACACAGGAGAUGAUUGCAGGACCAGAGCCCUAGUGGGGGUACAUUUUUCACCAAAGCCUCCAGGGCAGUAAUGUUGGCUCUUUCCAAUUCAGCAAACAGAGUGAGUCUGUUCCAGGAAGGGAAACACGCCCUUGCUGCUGCAGGCGGGGCAUAAUGUGAACUCAGGAAAUUGAAACUUACUCUCCCCAGAGGGAGCCAUGGCUGCAGAGAACCAUGUGGAAAGUCUCCAGGAUGAAGCUACUUGUCCCAUCUGUCUGGAGUAUUUCACAGAACCUGUCACUCUGGAGUGUGGGCACAAUUUCUGCCGAGCCUGCAUCGCCCAGUGCUGGGAGAGAUCCGAUACAGCCGCCUCCUGCCCUCAGUGCAGAGAAACUGUGCGGCACAGAAACUUCAGGCCCAACAGGCAGCUGGCAAAUGUCCUAGAAAUAGCCAAACGGCUGAGUUUACAGGCAGCAAAAGGAGCAGGAGAGGAUGGAGGGUGUGAUAGACACCAGGAAGCUCUGAAACUGUUUUGUGAAGAGGAUCAAACCCCCAUCUGUGUGGUGUGCGACAGAUCCCGGGCUCACCGUGCUCACACGGUGGUUCCCAUAGAGGAGGCUGCCCAGGAGUACAAGGAAAGAAUCCAGACCCAUUUGAAGACUCUGAGGGAAGAGAGAGAAAAGCUGCUGGGAUUUAAAGUGACUGGAGAGGGGAAAAGGCAGGAGUAUCUGAAACAAACACAAAUUGAGAGGCAGAAGAUUGUGUCUCAAUUUCAGCAACUGCGGCAGUUCUUGAAGGAACAAGAGCGACUCCUGCUGGCCCAGCUGGAGAAUCUGGACCAGGAGACUGAGAGGAUACAAAAUGAAAAUUCCAGUAAACUCUCAGAGGAGAUUUCCCAUCUUAGUGAGCUGAUCGGUGAGAUGGAGAGAAAGUGUCAAAAGCCAGCAAGUGAAUUCCUGCGGGAUGUCAGAAACACCUUGAGCAGGUGGGAGAAGGGGAAGUUCCAGCAGCCAGAGGAGAUUUCUCCUGAACUGGAAGAGCAAAUCAGUUGUUUCUCCCAGAAAACUAUUGGGCUAGUGGAGGCACUGAGGAAGUUCAAAGACACUCUGCCGUCUGCACUAGAGACAAAAAGAGGGGAAUCCCUAGGAGCACACAGACAGGGUGAGUUUGCAGCAAAUGUGACUCUGGAUCCAGACACGGCUCAUCCCCAACUCAUCCUAUCUAAGGAUCGGAAAAGUGUGAAAUGGGCAGACAGACGGCAGAGACUACCCAACAACCCUGAGAGAUUUGACCUUGAGCCCUGUGUGCUGGGCUGUGAGAGAUUUAUCUCGGGGAGACAUUGCUGGGAGGUGGAGGUUGGCAGUGGGGAAGGCUGGGCUGUGGGGGUGGCCAGAGAGUCUGUGGGGAGGAAAGGACAGAUCAACCGUAGCCCUGAGGGGGGGAUCUGGGCCCUGGAGUGGUGGGGUGGGCAGUUCCGGGCUCUCACCUCCCCUGAGACCCUCCUACCCCGGCGCCGGGUCCCCAGCAGGAUCCAGGUUUGUCUGGACUGUGACCGGGGGCAGGUGACAUUUAUUGAUGCUGGUGACAAGGCCCCAAUCUUCACUUUCUCACCGGGCUCCAUCCCUAGGGAGAGAAUCCGACCCUGGCUCUGCGGGGAAUGGAGAUCCCGGCUCAGACUGUGUCCCUGAGACACUGGGGUGGGCGGGGGGUGAGGGGGGGUGGAACAUAUCAGCCUCUCUAGCGUCACACACCCUAGUCUCUGUGACCUCUCCCUGUGGACUUUCUAUUCUGUCUCUGAGACCCUGGAGGUUGCUUCCAGUCGUAACUCUGUGCAGCCUCUGGACUAUCAAACCAUAGAGAGCAUUGAGUCAGCGAGGGAGAGAAGCCAGCCUCAUCACUGCCCCAGGGAUUGUGCAGCCUGUUUGCCACUGUCCUCUAUGAGCCAGGAGGAUUCUGGAGAUGCUGGGUCAGACAGUGCCACUGAGACAUGUCGGGGUUGACGGGGGGAGGAACAGCCCACAGGGAAUGAAAUAAUGGGCUUUUCUCACCACAGUCAUCCUCGCCCCUAUAACGUGAGGAAUUCCUGUCUUUCCAACCAUCUGGCCUCAGCUCUAUGACCCCUGGAGGCUCCUUCCCACUACCUCCCUGCAGCACCAGGGGUUUGAGGGAGAAGGGGUGAAGAACCCCUGGAGCUGCAGGAGGAGCAGAGGGGCCCUGAGGGGCAGAUGUGGGGGCUGCAGGGUCAGAACUGAAGGAGGGGCUGGGGGACAGAAUUAAAAGUCAGGCUGGGGACAGGCAGAUGUGGGAGUGGCAGGGUCACAGAACUAAUGGGAGUUUUGGGGAGAUGCUGGAGACUGCACCGGCAGGGCUGCUAGCAGAGGGAUAGCUAGGGACUGGGGAGUGUGCAUUCAUCGCAAUAUCCAGUAGAAAUGAAUGGUUAGCAUACACGUUCUACAUCGAUAGAAGGGUUGGUUUUUUUUCCAUCAAUGCAGUUAAUUCACCUCUAGGAGAGGCAGUAGUUAGGGCAACAAAGAAUUCUUCUCUUGACCUAUCUGCAUCUACACUGGGGUUAGAUUGACCUAACUGCAUCACACAUAAUGUGAAUUUUUUCACAGCUCUGAGCAAUGUAGCAAGGUCACCCUAAGGGUUAGAGGUGGACCAGGUCUCAGGAUGAAUAAGGGUAUGUCUACACUACAUUGGUUAGAGUGGCACAGCUACAACGCUACAGCUGUGUCCUUGACAUGCCGUAGUGUAGAUGCUUCUUACAUUGACAGAAGGUUUUUCCAUCACUAUAGUUAAUCCCCCUUUCUGAGAGGCUGUCGCCAGGUCACCAGAGGAAUUCCAUUGUCUGCAUGAGCGAUUAGGUCCAUCUAGCUGUGGCACUCAGGGCACACAAUGUUUCACAGCCCUGAGUGACAUCAUUAGGUUGAUCUAAGUGUUAAGUGUAGAGCAGGCCUAAGGGGUUUCCCUGGAGCUGGCUGAAAACACAGGGGCUAAGGGAUUGGCUGGCAGCUUGGUGUGUGAGAGACAGAAAGCCAAGGGAAGCAGUCAUGCGUGUGAUCCCAGCAGGAAACUGCGAGACAGAGCUUGCUUCAGGCACAGGGUUCCCUGGAAACACAUGGAUUUUUUUAGUAAGGAAACUGCCAGCUGCUGUUUGUUCAGGGCACAGGAAUGUGUGGACAUUGUUUGUGAAUAAUAAAGAUUGUACCAAAGAAAUAGCUGACUCCUAUAAUCAGUUUCUCCUCCCAGUGGAAUAAUCUAGCAAGGCCCCAAACACUGGCUAAUUGCUGAGGUCAAAGGAGCAAUGAUACAACCCAAGUCAGAAUCUAGACCUGUGGAGGGAAAUGUGUUGGUGGGAAACAUUUGCAGGGAGCUCCAGCCGCAAAGAGCCUGUGCAGAGGAGCAGAUUGCUGCUAACUGUGAACUUGAGCAUGUCCAGCUUUGUGUGCUGAGCAGUCCCCAUUGUCCCUGCUCGCAGGACACCAGGGAAUCCAGAGGCUGCUACAGAACUUUUACUGGCCUGGAGUCUUUGAUAUUGUCCAACAAUAUUACAGGUCCUGUGACCCCUGUCAGAGGAUGGGGAAGGCCCGGGACAAGGGGAAAGCAGCUUUGAGACCUUUGCCCAUUGUUAGGAUAUAGAUAUUC